AUGUCCUCCGACGGCCGCGGCUCCUACCGGCGGCCCAGUUUUCCGCGCCGGCUGCAGCUGGGUGGCCUCAUCUCGGGAUCGGACUACGGCUUGUCGGCAUCCCCCGGCUAUGGCACGCUCACCCGUUUCGCCAGCGGCGAAACGCCGGGCCACCGGGGCUCGUCAUACGGCAGCCGGGGGCACGACUACCUGGUCACGGCCGCGUCGGGCGGGCGGCGGUCGAUGAGGGACGAGAUCGAGCCGGAGGGCAGCCACCCGCGGCAGUCGUGCUCGAUCGAGUCGCACGAGGGAUCUACUGCAGAUGGCCAUCACGGUUCGCGACAGACACCCCGGGAGCAGCGCGGGCUGCUCCAGUUUGGCUGGCCAGCCAGUGUUCCGUCCAGCACGUCCCUGGGGUCUUGGAGAUCUCCUUCUGUUUCCAGCAGCCAUUUGCAGAAGCAACUGGAACAAGACAGGCGGAUGAUGCUGGACAGCGGUGGCACUCUUGAAGAAGAGCCCAGAGAUGAUGUCAACUUGGAAGGAAAUGGUUUGAAGAGGCCAUUGUUAUCUGCCAAUGGCAAACCGUCAAAGGCUGGGAGGGCGCGUCGUGUUCGAAUUGACUCAAUCGUGAGGGCCUUGGUCUAUGGCCUCAUAAAUGCCAUUGUUUCCGCACCAACAAUGGUGUCUUAUGGAGCCGUCGUUUUCGAGAACAACAAUUUCAAACCCUUCAUGGGUCAGCUGGUGAAGCAAGUUUUUUUGGCAAGUGCCAUCGACCAGACGGUGACGGUAUUCCGAAGCUCGCUACCUGCAGCCAUUGGCCAAGUCCAGGACGUUGGCCUCAUCUUCCUGUCCACAAUGGCAUCCUCCAUCAUGAGCUCUGCCAUAGAAAAGAAUAUGAAGCCUGAGGAGGCGCUGGGAGCCACACUUGUAACCCUGUCUCUCAGCACACUCAUCGUGGGCUUGUUGGUCACAACAACUGGGUACCUGAAACUGGCCGGGCUGGUUCAAUAUGUGCCACUGCCUGUUGUUGGAGGCUACUUGGGGUAUGUUGGCUUCUUCUGUGUCCUGGCGGGCGCCUUCCUGUCAGCAGAUGUUGAGAAGACAUCAUGGAGGUCAUAUCUGGAGCUGUUCAGCACCGCCAAUGGAUGGAACAGCUCGCUGGUGAAGCUGAGUGCAGGGGUGGCCUGCGCAGCGAUCUUGUACCUGGUGCUCAUCAAGAUUCCCCACCCAGCGGCGUUGCCCACCACGCUGUUUGCAAUUCCCUUAGUUUUCUUUGCAGUCAUGAUGGGCUGCGGGUUCACAUUGGAGGAUGCCAAGGCAGCAGGCUGGGUGGCGAGCACAACGGCCAGCAACAACGCGCGCUUUUGGGAGAUAUGGAAGCUUUUCGAUUUGGGAGGCAUUAGCAGCGCCCGUGGCCUCAUCGUGCAACAGAUACCCACCAUUAUCGUGCUGUGUGUGAUGGUGGCGUUCGGAUCUUCCAUGGACAUCGCAGCAGUUCAACAGGAAUUUGAAGGAGAGCUGGACUACAACAAAGAGUUGGUCAAUGUUGGGAUCGCCAACAUCCUGUGCGGAUCCAUGGGUGCUGGCUACACAGGCUCACUCAUAUUCUCUCAAACCAUUUUCAACAUUCGCUCGGGGGUGGACUCGAGGGUGAAUGGCAUUGUUGUGGCGCUGGUGGAAUACGUCCUCUUUGCAGUUCCCUUCUCCCCAGUGAAUUAUCUACCCAAUUUCUUCUUCGGAGCGCUCACGAUAUGGAUUGGAGUUGACAUCCUGCUGGACUGGUUGGUCAUAUCCUACACAAAGGUCACCCUCAUGGAGUACGGCCUGCUCUGGAUCACCUUCAUCGGCGUUGUGGCCCUGGGGCUUGGAAAGGGCCUCAUCCUUGGUGUAGUCGCAUCUCUGCUCCAUUUUGCGAUCUCCUACGCCAAGGUCAACAUCACAGCAUACAGCGUCCUUCCAAGCCGGGGGUGUUACUUGCGCCCCUUUGCUCAAAGGUCCAUACUGGAGCUGUUCUCUGGGAAUGUCAUGGCUGUCUCAUUGAGCGGCUACAUCUUCUUUGGGAGCUCAGUGAAGAUCAACAAAAAGGUGCUGGCCUUGGUGGAAGGCAUGGUGAAAAAUUCAGAGACAGAUGGCGGCAUCUCAUCUGCCAACAGCCCAAACCUUCGCCCUGCCAAGGCAUUAGAAAAUGGUAUUGUGGGACUGGGCUCCAGAAAGGCCUUUCGCAUCGAAUGCGCAGUGAAUUCAGCACCGAAAUUCCUGUUGCUGGACUUCCAGCGUGUCCAUGGGAUCGAUGCCACAGCAGCACGGUCCUUCUCAACUCUCUGCAAAAAGUUGCAGAUGAUAGGGGUUGAGGCGUUCAUUACCCACCUGCCGUCAACAAGGCCUGGUGUCCGUCGCCUGCUGGUUGCUCACGGCGUUAUUGGUGACAAUGCAAUAUUUGAAGCAGCGACAAUCAAUGGUGAACAAGUCGAAGAGCCACCAACUGUCCGCUCUUUUGACUCGAUGGAGGAGGGCCUGUCCUUUUGCGAGGAGCACUUCCUGGAGAUUGCCGUUGCCCAUGGCUUGCUCGCUCCCCCAGCUUCAUCAAUGCAGCUUGCAGAAAUCUUGAAAUCCAGCCUUUCACUUCCUAAGGGCUAUAUCCCAGAUGACAUGGACUUCAAGAGCGCUGCAAACGCCCUCCGGAGCUUUCUGACAGUGAAGGAAAUGAAGGUGGGGGAGAGGCUGUUCAGCAUAGGCGGCAAAGCAACAGAAUUGUGCAUCGUGGAGAAGGGCAAGAUCGCUGUGGAGAUCGACUUGAUGAGGAUCGGGCACCCAUGUCUGCCUGACAUGAACGUCCCUGAUAAGUUGUCUGUCCCCUCAAAACUUCGAGUCUUGGGGGUCGGCCCAGGUGGCGUGGUGGGGGAAAUGGAUUUCCUGCUGAGGCGCCCUCGCUCAUGCUAUGCCUUCUGUGUUGAGGACAGCAGGUUGUUGUGCCUGAGCCACGAGGCCGUGGAGAAGAUGGCCAUUCUCGCCCCCCGCAUGCUGAACCUCAUUCAGGCAGUGUUGCUUCGCUCCACCAGCAUGAGUCUCAGCCACGCACUCCAGACACUUGAGAGGGCUGGACGCCUGCAAUGA